CCAGCGCAUUCGUGUGUGAGUGUUCUGUUACAAAAAAGCAGGUGGGCGAAAAAAUUAAACGGGGACUGCGGACUGCUGGACUGCGAAAUAUUAAAUAUUAUCCAAAGGAAAAAAACAGGAAAUUGCGUGUGAAGCGCGCGCGCGGUUUGGCGGCAGCAGCUGGGCAUACAAAUUAUGCGAAAGGGCAUCCUCCACAGCCAAACAAUUAACAGCAACGACGACGCCGCCGACAAAUAUGCAGAACAUACAGAAUUCAACAGCAGCAACGUCAUCGUCAUCCGGGGUAUCGAGGACAGGAUGUGUUGCAGCAUCAUCCUCAUCAGAUAGCAGCGGGGCGAGACCGGAGGCAAAAUCCAGCAAAAUCAGUGAUGGAGGCGGCGGCGUCAUCGGCAGUGGCGGGUCCAGCGGCGAUAGCUGCACCCUCCAUGAUCCGGCAGCGGCGGCCACAAAGGAACAGCAUCAGGAGCAGCCAUUGGCCAUACACUAUUUGGCCAGCUUCCAUGAGAUCUGCGUGGUGACCGCCUUGCUGCCACUGGUGACUCUCUUCACCUGCUUUGUGACCGCCUACGUCUUCCAGUACGACGAUGUACACGAGACACAUUGCCGCGUCUACAAUAUAAUACCCUCGAUAAGUGCAAUUACGGGCGUAAGUCCGCAGCGCUACUUCUGGCGUUUUAGCAUUGCGCUGCACAUCGGACCGCGAAUACCCAUUGCCUUUGUCUACAAGAACUACUAUCGGUCGCAGCUGAAGCGGCUCAGCCCAGAGCUGGUGCCACAGGCCAGCUGGCUGAUCAGCCUUAUUCUGGUGCUCAAUUGCAUUGAGAUAGCGUCCCUCGGCGGCGUUACCUAUAUAUCAAAUCGGGAGAACUAUCCCGUGCACGAGAGAAUCUUCAUCACGUUCAUGGUUUGUUCGCUGUGCUAUAUGCUGGCCACCAUCAAGCUGAAUGGAAUACUCAAUGCGGGCCAGUCACUGAAUGUUCAGCAGCAGCAGUCCAUCAAGUGGAAGAAGUUCUUCUUUGUGGCCUCUAUACUGAGCACCAUCGGUCUGUUGGUCUUCUUUGCCAAACAUCGCUUUUACUGUCACGAUUUGGCCUUUAGCUGGUUUGCAUUCUUCGAGUACUUGAUUGCCAUUGCCAAUAUGCUGUAUCAUUUCACCAUCAUCUGGGACUUUCCGUCGCAGUACAUGGUGAUUGUGCAGGGGCCGCUGGAGAAUAUAUCGCAGUACUUGAGCAGCAGGCCGAAAACUGACUAGAUCUGGGAUAUGCUCCCUCCAUGCGUUCGUUUGAUUUCUCGUGCUUUCUCUCCUACCGUGUACAGUGUCUGUAUAACUCCCAUUCGAAACGUACAAUUAUUGAUCUUCUGCAACUUUAAAGUUUAAACCUAAGCGCUUCCAUUGCAAACACAAAACAUUAUAUUUUUCUCUCAAUUUUCUCUCUCUCUACACACUCGAAAAAGUUAACGAAAAACUAAAAACCAAACGCGGAAACGAAAGGAAAGGAAAAUGUUUUAAGCAAAAAAAUAAACCGAAAAAACGAAAGCGAAACUGCUCCAUAGUUCCACAAAUAUUAUAAUAUAUAUAUUAUAUAUCUUACGGGCAUAAUGUCCUUUGUACACAUUCGAAUUACGAGUAAAUGUAUUAAGUAAUGGUUUAAGUGCACCAAAGAAAUACCAUAGAGUAGAUGACAACUGGUAGCUCGGAAAAAAAGAGAAGAGAACAAAGUAGCGGGGCAGCAGAGGCCGCUUUCAAGCAGAUCUCAUGUCAAUUCCCAAAUUCAAGGAGUCAGCGUUUAUUACAUUGUAGCACUUAGACGUACAUAUCGUGUAUACAGAAGGAGCAAGGAAACAUCAUCCAAAACUUGUGGGGAAAUACAUAGCAUAGCACGUUUGGUGACCCUAUUGGGCGCCUAUGCACCCUGUGAGCCCCUGAACAUAAUUCAGACAAUAGACAGGCAACGAACCACACACACACCACAGACACAGAGGAUAAACAAAUCUAGCAAAUAAUAAAAAGGCAAUUCUACUUAGCCAAUGAAUGAGAACAGUGGAAAACAUACACAUACAUACAUAGCUCGUGGAUGGGGAAAUUUUAUUUACGGAACGAGUGGCUGGAUCAUAGCUAAUCGAAUUGUAUACAAAAUUAAGGAGCCUCUCCCGUGUACUCUGGAAUAUUGGGGAAGAACGGAAGGAACCCUUGUAUUCGUUUGUAUUUAUUUGUGUUCUGUGUUUUUUUUCUGAACAAAUGUAAUUCCAAAAUUGAAUCUUGUACCAUACACAACAGUAACAGCAACCGAAGCAGUAGAGGAAACACUUUUAUUCCAUAAGUAAAAUAAUAUUAUUAAUAAUUAUGCCAAUUAUGAAUUGUAUUUGUGAGAGAGAUACCUACGCCCCGUUUCAAUUUGAAUUCUUUGAAUUUUGUGAACCCAAACUGUAGCUAAACCAAUGAAAACAAUUGUUAUUUCUUACACGCAACAAAUGGAAUGAUAUGAUGAUAUGGUACCCAUGCAAAUGUACUCGCUGGGGGGACUUAUAUAUACAUGUAUAUAUAUAUAUGUUAGGCAAUAGUUGAGCUAUAUAUUUGAAUUGAAUUGAAUUGAAUUGAAUUACCAAAUGUUAAUGCGUUACAAUUUAUAAGUUCCAUAGCUCCCUGCUCCCUGCCCAUAUCUCGCUCAUGUUUCCCCUCCUACCACGCCUUUGCAAAAACUUCUAAUUAUGUGCCUAUCUUUCGCUUUAUAAACAUACACAUACAUAUGUACUUACCAUAUAUAACGGUAUUGUAUCUAAUGUACCUCCUGUUGCCUCUUUCAUCGCCUAUUUUCGAUUGGUUUUAUAUGCCUACGUAUGUGCUAUAUGGUGAAUACCUUCUUAAACGGAUGAUUGGAUGGAUCACUUUUUAAAAUGCAACCUUUUUACCUUUGCAUACAUUUUUAGGCGACACAAAGUAAGCGAUUUAUUAUUAAAAAACGACAACAAC